UAUUGAACAUGAUACAGCUCAGAUGGUAUCUAUCUACAUGGCCUCCGAGGAUUUCAUCCCUGAUAGUGUCUUCCAUCCUCUGGUUGUGAGCUUGAUUGGAAUGGUACAAGACAUGGGCUACACAGCCAUGCUGCAAUUAUUUAGCAACUAUGCUAACAUCCACCUUGGACGUGAACACACUCUCAGCUUAGGACCAGUAGUCAUUAAUAACAAGCCCUCAUUGAAGCUGGAAAUAUUACGGGUGCCUAUCAUUCAGGAGGAUGGUACCAAGACACCAAGAGGUGAACCCAGUCCUAGAGUCUGUAUGCAGGUGUUAGAGUUUCUGAAGAAAGAAAUGAAAGUACUGACGUCUGGAAUGAAGCACACACGUUAUAAGUUCCGUGUCCUGUGCUGGGUAAACUUGCAAGAAAUGCACUUCCACGAUUUGGAGGAGUGCCUGGAAAAUGACUGUAUCCUAUGUGGGAAGGUAUUGAUAACCACAGGCAAACUUCAGAGAAUGUUCAAGAAUAGGCAACUAGUGACAGAUUCUCCAAUGCAAUUAGCAGGUUCCAGUGUUACUGAAACAGCGCCACCAGAUGAAUGUCUUGGUUAUCUGGAAGACAAGCAUCUGCUUCAUAUUGCCAAAGACAUGAGACGGGAAUAUAAACAACUGGGUGUCAGACUGGGUCUCAGUUGGAACAGGCUCCAACAAAUAUGGAGUGACAACAGACAAUUGUUCGACUCCAUAAUGGAUAUGCUUACAGAAUGGAGGAAACAACAGAACUACGAGACAAAUCAAGUUGAGAUAAUGUGCAGAGCUUUGAAGGAGCAAGGACUCACAGAGCUUGCUAACAAAAUCUUUGGCUCUCAAAUGUCAGAGGUUAAAGAGUCCAAUGUAAAUGCAGGUGAAGAUACCAGUGGCAGAUUACCCACAACACACCAUUAAUACGAUGCAUCCCUUGACGACAAAGACCUGCUGUUCAUCUGUGAAGGUCUGCCCUCUGAUUGGAGGAGAUUAGGAGUGCGACUUGGACUUGAAUGGAACAAGAUUAAUGUCAUAGCAGACAACAACACACUGAAAGAUGGCAUCAUGGAAACUCUGGUGACUUGGAGAGAUGGCCAAUCAACAAACCAAAUGCCAAUCAUGAUCAACGCGUUGAGAGAACAGGGACUUGUACAAGUUGCAGAACGAUUGUGUGAAAGGCGUGGCUACAAAGACGACCUUGACGCUGCUGCAAAUCAACCUGAACUUUCAACACAACAUAGACUAGUAGGAGGGUACAUGCAAGAUGCUGAUCUAUUAUUUAUAUCUGAGAUGAUGGGUAGUGGUUGGAAAGCUAUUGCCAAGAAUCUUGGAAUAAAUGAAACGGAAAUUGAAGAUGUAGAUACAAAGUUUCAGAGACAGAUUAUGGACGCUGCUUUAGAAAUGCUUGUCCGAUGGAGGAACAGACAAGGAAGAAAUGUAAAUCAACUCAAAAUAUUGAAGGCAGCAUUGAUGAAAAAAAAUAAAAAGAUCGCAAAGAAAUUAUACGCAUACUACCAACAUGCAUAAAGAACUUGAAAGAACUUGAAUCAAUGAAUUAGUGAUACAUGUACUGUACCUAUCGGGUAUGGACUAAACAGAGAUUGUGGCACUAACGAAAUAAUAGUGUGAAAAUAUUUGAGAAAUAUUUACCAAAUACCAGAUAUAUCAUUACUAUUGCGUACAUUAACAAUAGUCUGCAUGGCCCAUUUGAUGUCAUGUUGUCUUGACACAACAAACAACAAUGCAGUUUAUUGGUUUAUGAAUUGCUAUCAAAACGAACAAACAAUUUUUAAUAUGAUAUCAGGCUACACCGAAAAGCAGAAAAAGGUUAAACUCACUGAGAAAAAUAAAGUUGAGAUAAAUGUGCAGGGCUUUGAAGAAGCAAGGACUCCUAAAACUUGCUAACAAGGACUUCGGCUCAGAGGUAUCAGAGGGUCAACCAUCCAGUUUAAAAGCAGUUAGAGUACUUGCCAGUGGACGAUUACAUCAAGUGCACCAGAAAUGCAAAGGAUUCUUAUGAGACAUUGAUAUGCAAUUCAUUGCAGAGGAGCUUGGAAAGGAUUGGAAAUCCUAUGGCAGCAUCAUUGGUCUAAAGAAACCUGAAAUAGUAAGAAUUGAGCUAGACUUUUCACCACCAACUGUGGACGCAAGACUGGAAAUGCUGGUUAUGUGGUGAGAAAGGCAAAACACUGAAGUAAACUACCUUGUAAAGAUGAGUGAUGUAUUGGAAAAACUUAGAAAGAAGGCAGUCGUUAAAAAACUACGGAAGUACUAACAGGAAACUCAUGAAGAAUAAUGACAGAACAUAGCUACACAUUGGUACUGACAAUUUCAAAAGACAAAUAGACAUUGAUUAGGCCAGGGAUAAUUCCCCCACCCGCACCACUGCGAUUACGACACUCAAUAGAAUUUAAUGCCACAGUGUAUCAUAGGGCAAAUAAUGACACAAGAUUUAAUAUGAUAUAUAGGGAGUAAAUGAUAAUAUACAGUAUAUAUAGGAAAUACAUAAUUUAAUAUUGUUCAUUUCCUGCCCCCACCACUGCGAUUACGACACUCAAUAGAGUUUAAUGCCACAGUGUAUCAUAGGGCAAAUAAUGACACAAGAUUUGAUAUUUUAUAUAGGAAGUAAAUGAUAAUAUACUGUAUAUAUAGGAAAUACAUAAUUUAAUAUUGUACAUUUCCUGCCCCCACCACUGCGAUUACGACACUCAAUAGAGUUUAAUGCCACAGUGUAGGGCAAAUAAUGACACAAGAUGAUUUGAUAUGUUAUAUAGGAAGUAAAUGAUAAUAUAAUACAGUAUAUAUAGGAAAUACAUAAUUUAAUAUUGUACAUUUGAUAAAUAUAACAGUAUUAUACAAAUAUAUACUGUGCUUUUAUAUUCUUUAAACAUAGAAUCAUAUUUUUGUGACAGCCAAGUUGCUUUACAUUAAUUAUAUGAUACAUUUUGUUUUUAUAUCACAACAAUGCAUUUAUAAUAUUAAUAAUAAUUAUAUGUUAGAUUUACAUAGCAUUUAACUCCACAAGGCUUCUAAGCGCUUUACAUUAUGUAUAUAAUGCAAUUGUACAUAAUAAUAAACACUUUCUCAUUUCAUAUUUAUAUAAAGAUAGUAUAUUUUUUAAACCAGCUAUUUAAGCUAAUUUUGAUACUGAAAGGCCAAACAAGUUUUUUUCAAUAAGAUUUUUAAAAAUAUUUUAGAAUGUUAUAUCUUAAGAAUUAAGAAAAAUACCUUCAUUUAAUUGAAAUAUUCUGAUUACAUGUUUGAGGGCGUUGUUUAUUAUGCCUGGGCCAAAGUUUUGUAAUUAUGGGAUGAUACCUCAAACACCAGCUCAAAUUUGCCGCAUGGAAAAUCGCAAGGAAAAUAGAUGCGCAGAAUCGUAAUUACUGCAUAAUACAUUUUUAUAUAUUAAGAUUAGGCCAAGGCCUAAUAUUUGGCAAAAUGUUUGCCCGGAGAAUAUAUUCCUCGCACAGCUUACUUUACAGUCUGCAGGAGUGGGAUAAAGAUGGUGGACAGUGUUACAUAUCUGGAUUCCUGCAUAAUUAAAAUAAAAUGGCCCAAAUUAUUCCAGUAUAGGAUGCAUUUUUUUUUUUAAAUAUCAAAUCUAAGCAUCCACAAAAAUAAAAAAUAGAAGGCUACGGCCCAGAAUGAUCAUAUCCUCGUCCCUUUUUCAAACUAUAAAGGUACAUAAACAUUAUUGAUAUCACAAAUGCUUGCCUUGUUGGUUAUUGUAUGUAUAGUAUUUUCAAGAUCUGAUUAUAUUAUUAAUAAUAUUUGUCCUCAUUCUAAUUGGAAAAUUUACCCCUGGGGACCGGCGUGGCCUGACUUGUAUUAUUUUUUUAAAUGGUCGAUUUGAAUUUUUUAACAUUUUUAUCUAUUGAGGUUUUUCAUUCCGUCUAUCCAAUUUGUAAAUUACAUAAUUAGGUUUUAUUUCUGCAAAAUGCAGGUUUUUAAAUAAAAUGUAAAUUGGUAAAUUGAUUGA